UGCUGGGCCUGUACAGAGGCAUGGGAGCUCCCUUGCUAGGUGUGGCCCCCAUGAUGGCGAUAAGUUUCUUUGGCUUUGGUUUGGGGAAGCAGCUCCUGCAGCCAGACCCCAGAACUCCACUCACGUCAGUAUGAACAAACAUAAAGUCAUACGGGUGCCAUUGUGUGUGUGUGUGUGUAUGUGUGAGCAAAGUGCCGUUGCUUCGUGCCAUUGUGUGUUUUGUGUAUGUUUCUGGGUGUGUCUGUGUGUGUGAGAGAAUCUGUUAGUGUGUGUGCCUGGGUGUGUCUGUAUGGGUGUGUGAGAGAGUGUGUUGGUGUGUGUGUCUGUAUGUGUCUCUGUAUGUCUGUGUGUCUGUGUGUGUGUGGUGACUAUCAUGCAAGUCAAUUAGCCACCCUCCUGGCAUGAAUGGGUGUAAUUUCAAUGCACCUGCCUGUAGCUUCUGUUCAUCAUCCGUAAUCCGUAUCCAAUAUCCAACGAAUUAAAGUGCUCUUAAAAUGUCAAGUUACGGUCGGUAUCUGUGUAGUCAAGUCAGUAUCCUAUACUGUAUGUAGGCUUACUGUCUGUAUCAAAAAAUGAAAAACAAUCUCGGCACAUGCCACCUUGUGCGUGUGGUUGAAAAACUGUCACCCGUCAGGACUCAACUAACGAAACCAAAAAAACCACUUCCCUAAAUUCCAUCUUGUUUCCUUAAGUUGGGCGGGACCCACUUUCAAUGGCGAAUAAAAAGCUUGUAUUUUUUACAUCUCAGGCCAAACUACAACUCAUAAAUAGGAAGUUUUUCACAAAUAAUAACAUAAAGCUAUUUUGGCUCCAACAGUGUGUAUGUGUGAAAGAGUGUGUUGGUGUGUGUGCCUGUGUGUGUAUGGGUGUUUCAGAAAGUUUUUGUCUGUGUGUACUUUUGUCUGUUGGUAUGGGUGUGUGUGUGUGUGUGUGUGUGUGUGUCUGUGUCUGUGUCUGUGUUCACACUUGUAUGCUGCAGGAAUACAGAUAACUCACGCUCACUUACUCUCAGGCACCAGCAGAUAUACCUGUCUGGAAUGCUGGCAGGGGUCUUCACUACUGUUAUCGUGGCCCCUGGAGAGAGGAUCAAGUGCUUACUUCAGGCAAGUGCAGUCUUUGUCAGGGCAGCUGAAGUAUGCCGGACCUCUGGACUGUGCUGUGCGGCUGUAUAAGGAACAGGGGAUCCGCAGUGUUUACAAGGGAACAGUCCUGACACUCAUCAGAGAUGUACCUUCUGGUGGUUUCUACUUCCUGACCUAUGAAUAUAUGAAGAAUACUCUGACUCCUGAAGGUCAAAGCGUCACGCAGCUUAGCACUCCCAGAAUCCUCUUGGCUGGCGGUUUGGCAGGCAUUGUGAACUGGGUGGUUGCACUCCCCCCAGAUGUUCUUAAAUCAAACUUCCAGACGGCUGCAGAAGGGCACUACAGGGGUUUGCGGGAUGUUCUUCUGAAACUGAUCCAGGAAGAAGGGCCUGGUGCUCUCUACAAGGGAUUUACCGCCGUCAUGCUCCGUGCAUUCCCUGCCAAUGCGGCCUGCUUUCUGGGAUUUGAGUUAGCUCUGAAGAUUCUCAACUGGUUGGCUCCACACUGGUGACCCCUGGGAUUGGUUGGCUUUAGUCUGGUGACCCCUGGGAUUGGUUUGCCCACUUAAGACAAGAUGACGACCUCUGGGAACUCUGGUAUAAAUUAUAAUUGACUUAUUUACAAUUUGUCUUCAAUUGUUUUGUGCUACGAAUAAUAUGCAUCGACCUGUUGAGAUAUUGUAAUAUUUUUCGGUUUAAAUAUGCAGAAUGUGAGAAUCUCUGAAAGUUUUUGUUAAAAAUAAACGGAAUUAAUACAUA